UCUUUUCCUCUAAACGCCGUUUCUUCCCCCUGACCCGCGCCUCCCCCGACGCCGCCGCCGCGUCGAUUCCUCUCCUCCCCACGCGUACAAAACCGCCGGCCAAAGGGAGCUUCGAGUCCUUCCUCCUUCCGACUCCCUCUCCCUCACCCUCUGCCCUCACGGCGACGGCAUCCUCUGCCCUAGGAUCUCCACCGCCGCCUUUUCUCUGCCCUAGCCGACGCCACCACCGCCGUCUCCCUCUACCCUAGCUGUGAUCUCAACAUCGCCGGUUGCUGAUCACCAGGAGGACCGAGCCAUCAUCUCUUAGGUAUGAACGAGGAGAUUCACUGUGCCAGCCAAGCAACACUUCUCCGGCCGAAUCCACAGUGAAGCAUUUGAAAUUUGGUUUUGUUUGCAGUGUCGGGAACAUAUUUCUGGCAGUAACUUCACCAGCUGUGAUUCUACAGAGGAGGGUAAAUUAGGUUGAUGCUGUCAGAAGGUUCCAGUCGCUAGUCCCCCACCACUGCGCGUCGCGACGAGUUCGCACAUUUUGGUUUACUUAUUAUGGUUCUGUCUUCUCCGGCGAUGGCUGAUCCCUACCGGAAAUACCUUUCCACUGAAAGAGAUGAGCUUUCUGAUCCUUACCGGAGAUACUCUUCCUCUGAAAGAGCCGAUCCCUCUGAUUCUUACCGGAGAUACCCUUCCAUUGACAGAGAUGCACGGGCUGCUGUUCCAUCUUAUAUGCAAUUCAACACACCUUCUACAACUUCUCAUCCGACGUGGAGCUUAAGUGACUCUCAAAAAACACCUGAUUUACUACAUAAUGAUAUGUUACCGGCGAGAUCCACAAAUCAUGGGUUCGAUGAUCAUACUGGAAUGGGGGCUCAUGCUUCAAACAAGUUCAGUAGAUUGUCAACUGGAGAUGGUGAUAGAACAUUUAGUCCUUUGGUAGAUCCAGCUUUAGCACGAGAUGUUUCAGUAAACAUCAAUCAUGACAUUGUGACCAAUGGUCAAUUGCCGGAAGAGUCUAACAUUCUUUUUGUCGAAUGUCUCCCUACUGAUUGCACAAGAAGAGAGGUGUCCCAUCUAUUUCGCCCAUUUAUUGGGUUCAAGGAAAUUCGAGUUCUACACAAGGAACCUCGCGGGGCUGGGGAUAAGGCUAAAGUGCUAUGUUUUGUGGAGUUUGAUGAUGCCAAGUGUGCUUCGACUGCAUUAAAUGCCCUUCAAGGCUACAAGUUCGAUGAUAAGAAACCCAAUGCACCGGUCUUGCAGAUUCAGUUUGUGAAAUUUCCCUUUCGUCCAGCUUCUCUUCCUAAUAGCCAGACUUAAUGGAAACCACACUGGUUUCCUCUAACGCAGUCUUCGGGCUUGCUAGCUGGUUGGAGUCUAAUCUUUCUUACAAUCUUCAACGCAAAGCAAUGUUCAAGUUUUCAUGCAACUGAAUGGUCUUAUGGAACUUAUAUUUGAAUGUAUCAACUAGUGGGAGCUCCCCAAAUGACCUACCUCUAUUUAAAACUUCAAAGAUGAGUUGACUUGGAAACACUCCCAUGGAGGAGCUACCUUGUGUCGUGGGCAGUAGAUCGACUCAUUUGGCUUCUUGUUGCUUUCUUGCAGUUGUUUGAGGGCAAUCUCACGCAUAAUAUGAACCAUUAGCAUUGAGCACUAACUUUAUAUUUGAAACAGGUAGAUACUUUGUAUGUGAUUGGCAUUUGUCUGCACCAGUCUCUAGUAUUGCAAGAAAAACGUAUUGCACUGUU